AGUCUCUUUCUCUACCCUCACCUCCAGGUCUCAGCUAAUAAGGGUCUAAGAUAUUGCUUCCUUAGGAUAUUUGUAAUUUAGCUGAGGAUUCUGGAAAGUCCCACCCAUUGUUGAGCAUUGCUUCUAUAUCAGACACUUUUAUAACUCUUUGGGCAAAAUACUACUCCCAUUGUACAGAUGAGAAAAUGAAGACCUAGUAAGGGUAAGUAACCAGGAGUCAUUCAGAAAAUAUCUGAUGAACUGCUGUUUGUAAGAUGCUGUGCUGGGAAAGAGUGAUGUCUCUGAGGUGGUCCUGAGAGGUCACAGUUUGGCUAGGAGACACCGACAAACAAGACUGUAAGUGGCUAUGCUCCCUGCCGGCCCGGAGGUUCAGUGGGAGCGUUUAGCUGGAGAAGGCUUCACAGGGCAGGCCUCACUUAAGCUGAAAUAGGAUGAAAUAUGAUGUGUGGGGGACUGGAAGGGUAUAGUCCAGUCUAGGCAGCAGCAACAUCUGACGUGACUGUAUGAGGAAGGAAGAUGUAUUUGAGAAACGGCCAGCAGUUUGUAAGAACUGGAGUGUGAGCAAGAACAGCCAGAGAUUAGGCUGGGCAGUAAUAGCGAUACCACUAAUAAUUAACAUUUAUCAAGUGUACCACGUGUCACACGUGUCACAUAGGUAAUCUCACUUAAUUCUUGUGGCACCCUAUGGGUAGAUGUUGUUCCUACCCUCGUUUUAUAGUGAAGCCGAGUUACCUCAGCUCGGUUGAUAUGCCCAGGAUCACAGCUGGUAAGUGACACUCAGCUGGUAAAUGACUUACUCAGGAUCAUGCAGCGGCGACUGGUAUUUCUGGCAAGGAAAUGCAAGUGGUCUGGCUCCAGAGCCUGUCUCUUAACUACUGUGCUAUGGUGAGGGAAUCAGACUGUGAAGGGACUUGUGAAGGAAUUGGAUUUUAUUAUGUAGGUCAGUGGUUUUUUUUAAAUUCAACCCACAGUAGAAAUACAUUUUAUAUCAUGACCCAGAAUGUGCACGUGUGCAUAAAAGUAGGAAAAGUUUCAUGAAACAAUAUUUUUACUAUGUAUGAGGCAUACAUAGUUUCUAUGCUAUUUUGUUAAAGAAAUACUGGUUGGGACCCACUUAAAUUGAUUCUACAGUUUAAGCCACAGUUUGGAAAAAUACUGCUAGUCAAUAGGUGAGCAUCUGAAGAAUUUCAAUUAGGUGAAUCACAUGAUCAGGUUUGUGCUUUUUUUGGAAGGUUAGUUAUAAUGGCAGCAGUGUGAAGGCCGGAUUCGAAAGGAUGGGACGAGAAAGCCAAGAGGCCAAUAAGGGGUAUCUUAAUGAACCAGGCAAAAGAUGCCUGAGUAAGGACAGUAUCAUUGGGGAUAGAGAAAGGGAAUAGAGAGAAGACAGAUUUAGGAAGUAGAAUUGUUAGAACUUGGUGAUUGGACAUAGACUAUCACUCAGCUAGUACCAGGUAGAAAGGCAGUUCAAUUCAAGGGCUGUCUGAUGCUAUUAAUACUCAGGCCCUGAAACUUUAUUUCUGGACCUUUUCUGUGUGUUUCUUUUUACAGUCAUGUUAAAUAUACUUCUUUGUUGUCUUUUCUGUGCCUCUUCUUUUGUAUAUAAAAAUGUGCUGACCUGGUUUAAUGAUUUUAAAAUGUAUGUAUCAAAUCCAAUGCCUACCUUAUCCCAUGUUCCUGCCUCCCCUCCCCCACACCAUCAGAAUCCGAAAGAUUUGCACACAGUGUGGAAGGAGUUCACCAAGUGUGAUGAGCACUCAGCAAGUCUUCUUUGAGAGUGUGUGUUCUGUGUAUGACACUCUUCCAAAGCAGAAACUCUUCACGUCACCUUAAUUAAUUAGAGGAAUGUUUUUGAGUAAUUUCCUUUGACUUUGUUCUCUUUAACUUUCCAGUUUUGUAAUAUUUGUUUACCUUUAGGGAAUACUGAGCAUUGUAUGUAUGAUGGUCUUUUGUCUUUAAAACAAACAAAUAAAAACCUAGUCAUUCCUAGGCAUGAAACCUUUUCUUCGUAAAAUGUUAGCAACCUCCAUUCUUACAUUAGAAGCGAAGACAGAAGUUGUGCUUCUGCCAUCCGUUUCUCAAGAGGAGAAUAAAAAUAAAAACAUGUAAUAAUCGAGAACAAGUUAUAUGGAGUGAUUCUCUGUAUUUUAAUUGACUAGGUACCUUACCGGAUUGCUUUAUUCGGAAAGCACAUAUUCUUUGGUCUUCUAGGUAUUAUAAUACAGAGGUAAGUAUUUAUUUGAUAACUAUGACAAGUCUUUAGACCCGUUACAAUAUCUGCUUCACCAGAAGAGAUUGUAUUUGUCACGUUGUUGGUGAGCCUUUGGAAAACUAUGGGACUAAAGGAUUGCUAUACCAUCAUAGAAUUUUUAAUUAGUUUUCUGAGAUAGUUAAAUAAGAGAUGGAAAUGGUGUGUGUGUGUGUGUGUGUGUGUGUGUGUGUUUCAGUCACCAAAAUAAAAGUAAGUCACUGUACUUGAAGAGCAUUAGGUGCCAUGUGAUACAAUAGAGGUAGGAGUGUGGGUUUUGUUCAUUUCUCUUCUGUUAACUUGCUGUUUGACCCUGGGCAGGUGACCUCUUUGGUCUUAAUGUUUUGGCCAAUUAAAUAAGGAUGCUUGAUCAAAUGAGCCUAAGGGGCUUUCUAAGACAUAUGUCACUUUCAUAUAAUACUUUAUAAGUAAUUUUUAUAUUUUUCCUUUGGGGAGCUUGUAUAAAAUCAUAAACUCAAGUAUAAUGUAUUUGCUUAAUCUCACCAGGGUCAAAGGCUUGAAGUGAAGAAAAAUCCCUUCCAUUUCCUUUUCAGGACAGUUUGUAUAAUUACUUCUGACAUCUUGAUGGACAGUUUACCCUGCAUUCCUCUUAAACAAGUCAUUCUGCCUUUAGUCCCAUCCUUCUCUUUUGUCUUCUUUUUCCAAUCCAAACUGCUGAGGGUGUGGGGGAAGAGGUGAACAUGUGGUGGGGAAUCCAGAGAGGUGGAGAGACAGGGGAAGGAAAAAAGCAGUUAAUGUUGGAAUGCUGAGGUAAGACAGACUGUUCUAAUAAUCUGUUAAUUCUGAGUCGUGAUCUGCCAGGCUGAAACAGAAAAUGUUUCUGUUUUCCUUUGUAAUUACACUGCAGGAAUCCUGAGUGUGGAAACCUCAGGUGAUUAGUUGCCCACAGUAGUCUAUUCUCCCAAACUCUGUGAGCUGAGCCUAGUGUAGUCAAGAACAGAGACACUCAGCCAGUGUUGAAUAAAUGAGUCAGUGAGUUGAAAAGUCCUAGAGACCAUUGUCUAAAUCCUUCAACCCUGUGGAUAAUGCAGCUGUAGAUUCUCUUGUUCUCCAUGCCGAGAUAAUAUAGUGAUGAGAAUCAUAGAAAUACGAAGAAGAAAUUACUUUUCUUUGAUUCAGGCAGCAGCAGAUCAUUUUAAAAGGGUUCACAGAUUAUGCUGAAACAAGCAGGACUAUGGAAAAUACUAAGUAAAAUAGUGAUAGAAAAAUAUUGUAGUGCUAUUGUCUUCUAAGUAAUUUAAGAAAUUGACACAUGCAUCUGCCUGGCAAGUAUUUGGAGGAAGUAGAGGAGUGGAGGGAAGGGUGAAGGGCUGGGCACUGCAGAAGAGAGCUUGAAAGGAACUAUUUGAAAGAGGUGCUGCCAACUCUAGAUUCCCUGCAUGUAUAUAUUUCCAAAGAUGACAGAUUUUUGGAGGUGUUUAUUUUGGAACUAAUCUUCUGUAUUUCCAUUCUGCCCCCACUGUAUCCUGUAUCUUGCACUGCCAGAAGUCUGCUAGCUGCCAUGAAGCAGGGCUGUGGCAAGUGGCCAAGUGUGAUAAAACCUAUUUUUUUCAUUUUAAAACAGAGUAUGGAUAUGAGCAUACUUUAUGAAGUAUUUAAGGAUAGAUUGAAUGGAGUAGGAGAAAUAGUAAAAACCUAAUGAGAAGAUUGAAAGUUUUUUAUUUGCGUUUGCUGGAAUUUGUUUGGUAAACAGAAGAAUACCAGCUUAUGUCUGUCUCUGUCACUUUCUUCUUUCUUGCCCCUCUUUCUCUGACCUUUGAAUGCUGGUGUUAGAAUAGUUAGGAAAAAUGGGUUUUCUGAUCAUGAAGAGAUGGUAGUGAUUUUUUAAUUUUUAGUUUUUGAGGGAAUCCCAAGGGUAUGCUCUGUGUGAAUGUCUCAUUACAUGUAUGCAUGCGAGAAAUUGUUUUAUUUUUUCAUUUUUGUUUUAAACCCUCCCCCACCAUGAAAUUUUUUCUUUUUUUAUCUCCGGCUCUGACUUAAGCUUCAAAACAAAAUGUUAUCUAAACAUUGUUGAGGUGGUCUAACAUAUUACAGAAUUUUAGAAUGUUCAUUUAUUAGAAAAUUAAACUGCAGUCAGUAUUUUCUUUAAUUUUAUUUUUUUUAAUGUUUAUUUUUGAGAGAGAGAGAGACAGAGAGAGAGAGAGAGAAAGAGACAGAGCAUCAGCAGGGGAGGAGCAGAGAGAGAGGGAGACCUGAAGCAGGCUCCAGGCUCUGAGCUGUCAUCACAGAGCACGGUGUUGGGCUCAAACUCCUGAACUUUGAGAUCAAGACCUGAGCUGAGGUCGGAUGUUUAACCAACUGAGCCACCCAGGUGCCCCAGUGUUUUCUUUAAUUUUAGUAUCUCAUUCCGCAUUGACAUUUGAUUCAGAAUAAAAUCAAGUUCCUAGCUUGGCUAAGUGCCACAAAGUCGGGUGAGCUUUAAAUAUGUAAUGACUUUCUUUUUAAUGAUUGCUAGAGGUUUUAGCAGUAAAAAGGGGAAAAUGUAAGGAAACUCUAAUAGAUUUCUUGCCUAAAAAGAGCAUUCUUGGUAAGAUUAAAAGGAGAGACAAGCUGAGGCCCUGAGUUAGGGAUCUGAAAAUCCCAUCACAGCCAGUAUCAGAAAGUAGCAGCACUAGUGGAAGAAAACACAGAAGGUCUCUACUGAUGAGGGGGCUCACUUGGAAAGGGCAUUCCAUCACCAGAGGGUUUUUUUUGGGGGGGGGGGGCUUCAUAAGAAAACUACAUUCUAUUCAGUUAAACAUAAUGGGAAAAGUCAUUUGUUUUUAAAUUAUGAAGUAUGUCAUGUCUAUAAAAACAUGUAGAAUAUUUAUUUCUUUUAGCUUGAAAAAUUAAACAUGAUAACUAUGAAAGCUGCCCCAGGUAUCUUUCCUCAGUCCUAUUUCUUGUCCUCUCUCCCCUAAUUACCAUUCUUUCCAAUUUAGUAUUUACCAUUCCCAUGCCUGUGUUUAUGCUUUUGCUGUAUCUGUCAACCUUACAUAGUACUGCAAAUAUGUUUUAAGCCUUAUUUAGAAGAUUGUACACUGUAUGUAGUUACAUAAUUUGUUCUUUUUGUUUAAAUACUUUGAAGAAUCUGUAGUUGAUACGUGUAGUUCUGGUUCAUUCAUUUUUAACUGUUUUGUCAUGUUUCAUUCUCCAUUUCUCAUGUUUAACCAUUCUCUUGUUGACUGAAAGUGUCUUUAGCUGAAUAUUUUGGGGGGCUGGGAAAGAGGAAUAUAUUAUGUCAUUUUAAAAGUUAGACGAGGAAUAUUUUGACUUUCAAAAAAGCCAGUUUCCUUUUUUGGGUGUGGAAUGCCCUCAUUUAUCAUAUUCCUGGGAAAACCCUUUGUACUUCCGGAGAGAAGGCAGAGAAGAAUAAUGUUUCAUUACACAGACGAACAUGUCUUGUGCAAAGUGCCGAACGGCAUCCGCUGUAAUACAGCAUGCUCAUGCGGGAUUGAGCUGUUGCAGCUAAAACUUGGUUUGUUCUAUGAAAAUGCUCAGUUUUUUUUGAAGUGCAGACAAGCUGUAGAUGGGAACUUGUUGACAUUUAUUCAUUGUUUCUCUUCUGUGAGUUCCCAAAUUUGCAGUUUGGGACUCCUUUAUUUGGUAAAAAGGGUAUAUGCCUUAAAUGGUAAAAAGAUUGUUCUUGAAUUGUGUCAUGGUUUUACGGAGUAAAGGAAAAACAAGGUCUAGGAAUGGAGGGGUGCUUUUUGGGGUAGACACUUGAUGUGAAAUAAAAUAUUUGUUUUAAUAAUGAAUCUUAUAUGUGUAUUUGCCAUUGAGUAUUCCUUGUAGUCAUUGUUUUAGAAAGGCAAUCUCUGAUAAAUAUUUUUUCUUCCCAAUUUCAUGCAGUUGUCUUUCAUUUGUAACAUCUUUGAGAGGCACCUGGGUGGCUCAGUAGGUUAAGUCUGACUUCGGUUCAGGUUCGUGAGUUCGAGCCCUGCGUUGAGCUCUGUGCUGAUAGCUCAGAGCCUGGAGCCUGCUUCAGAUUCUGUGUCUCCCUCUCUCUUUGCUCCCCACCCCCCUCCCCCCAAUCUCACACUCUGUCUCUCUGUCUCUCAAAAACAAAUAAACAUUAAAAAACAAAACAAAAAGAAGAACUGUUAACAUCUUUGAUAAUGGUUUGGAUAAUGUUGCAGAAUACACAAUACAGAACUCCAUUCAGGUUGUCCCUGCAAAUGAUUUGCUAUUGUGCUUUAACCAGAAAUGCUGAUGCAGCAAGGGAAACACUAAUAAAUGGGAUGCUUUCCAGGGACUGUAGCUAAGGCAAAGCAAACACAAGCCAAAAUUGGGAAGAAAAUGUGAGGUAGGCACCCACGAUGCAGUCUGGCCAGAUAUGCUAUUAACAGUGAAUAUCCCUUUCUAAAUAAAUUAAUCGAGGCCUGGGCAAUUUGAAAAAAAAUUUUUUUAACGUUUAUUUAUUUUUGAGACAGAGAGAGACAAAGCAUGAACGGGGGAGGGUCAGAGAGAGGGAGACAUGGAAUCUGAAACAGGCUCCAAGCUCUGAGCUGUCAGCACAGAGCCCGACGCGGGGCUCGAACUCACGGACCACGAGAUCAUGACCUGAGCCAAAGUCAGCCGCCCAACCGACUGAGCCACCCAGGUGCCCCGAGGCCUGGGCAAUUUGAAUCAUCAGACUGUUUGCUAAAAAGGUCUUUCACUACCAUUCCUACGGUGGUUGACAAGAUAUCGUUUCCACCUCACUCUCCAUGUACCAUGCCAGUGACAUCUUAGCUGCUAGAGUGUGGAGCUGGCCUGUGGGAGUCAAGUCACCUUGUAAAUUUUGCCUAUAUAUAUUAACACAUCCCCUGUUAUGUCAUAACAACCAUGUAAGGGAGAGUGUUUUCCUGCUCUGUCUUAGGUAUUGGUGGUGUGACCUGUUCAUGCAGGGGAAACUUGAACAUUCUCAGGUGCACCAGAGGCUCUCUUCCUGGCAGAAUUUGGGAGUUGUUUAUUGCAGUACUGUUGUGCCCUCUGAUGAUGUGACAGUGGUGUAUCAAAAUGGGUUACCUGUGAUAUCUGUGAGGCUACCAUCCCGGCGUGAACGUUGCCAGUUCACACUCAAACCUAUUUCAGACUCAGUCGGUGUGUUUUUACGACAACUUCAAGAAGAGGAUCGGGGAAUUGACAGAGUUGCAAUCUACUCACCAGAUGGUGUUCGAGUUGCUGCCUCAACAGGAAUAGACCUCCUACUCCUUGAUGACUUUAAGCUGGUCAUUAAUGACUUAACAUAUCAUGUACGACCACCAAAGAGAGACCUCUUAAGCCACGAAAAUGCAGCAACACUGAACGAUGUAAAGACACUCGUCCAGCAGCUGUACACCACACUGUGCAUCGAGCAGCACCAGUUAAACAAGGAAAGGGAGCUUAUUGAAAGAUUAGAGGAUCUCAAACAGCAACUGGCUCCCCUGGAAAAGGUACGAAUUGAGAUUAGCAGAAAAGCUGAGAAGAGGACCACUUUGGUGCUAUGGGGUGGACUUGCCUACAUGGCCACACAGUUUGGCAUUUUGGCCCGGCUUACCUGGUGGGAAUAUUCCUGGGACAUCAUGGAGCCAGUCACCUACUUUAUCACUUAUGGAAGUGCCAUGGCAAUGUAUGCAUAUUUUGUAAUGACACGUCAGGAAUAUGUUUAUCCAGAAGCCAGAGACAGACAAUACUUAUUAUUUUUCCAUAAAGGAGCCAAAAAGUCACGUUUUGACCUAGAGAAAUAUAAUCAACUCAAGGAUGCAAUUGCUCAGGCAGAAAUGGACCUUAAGAGACUGAGAGACCCAUUACAAGUACAUCUGCCCCUUCGACAAAUUGGUGAAAAAGAUUGAUCUGCAAAGAGCCUCUGAAUCCUGGCAGAAAGAACACCUGUUUAUAACUAUUGCCUUUUUAAUUAAAGCAUUGCAGGUGGAAGCUGGGAGCCAUGUCGGGGUAGAGGGUUUUUACCUUUAAUUAAAAACAAAAACAAAAAGGAUCUUAGGGAAGAAGGGAAUGUUAAAAUCUGAGGAUCAGGCUUUGUGGAAUGUAAGCUCAAAGGGCUUAGUGAAUAUUGUCUUAAUCAAGCAUCUUAGUUUCUGGAUGAAAAUGAUGCAUUAUACAGUUGAGAGAUUCAUAAAGAGAAAAGGAUGCUGGGGGUGUUCCUUUCUUGCAUCUUCUUUGCAGGGUCAGCAAAACAGUAACACACCAGCACCCCACUCAGCUCUAAUUUUUUUUAAUUUAACUUUUCUUAUUUUUGACAUAGGAGUAAAUAAAUAUACCAGAAAAGCAAAUCCUCAAGAUAUGUGGGUGGCAAACAGAGUCUGAGCCCGUGCCAUUAGCAUUUAUUUUAAAUUGAACCCAGUCUCUGCAAAGUUACCAGGAAUCUCUCCUAUUUGUGCCCUUUUCUGACCACCCACUCCUGUUGGUUACACUAAUUUUAUCCAUAUGAUAGCUGGAACCAACUUACGACUGUUUGAUAAUUGACACUUUGGAUUAUCCCGUAAUACCUUCUUAAAUGUCUGUAUAUUCCAGUGCUCUGGAUCAGUAUCUAGGAAUCAUUGGCAACACUGCAUGAGGUUGUUUUGUUUCGUUUCGUUUUGUUUUUUUACUAAUUAAUCUUUAAAAGGAGGCAGAGUUUCCCUCCUUUAUUUAACUAUCCUAUUGAUAUUCCUCUCUCCCUCCACAACUCAAAUCAGAGGUGGGGGGGGAGGGGUUCAGCUGUAUUACCAAAUCAGGAAGAUGUAAGGUUUACAGAUUGGCUAAAAAAUCAUGGCUCUCUAGCCAUUUCAGAACCAGAAUAAUUUCAAUGCUGUUAGUCUGCUUGUGUGACAGCAUUCCAGCCCACCCAGGUGGUGCUGCCUUGUCUGGAGAUUUUGUUUAUCUUGAAGGACACACGCUUCCACGCUGUUUGUGAGCCCUCCCACCUCCACCACUUUAAUAGUUGUAAAUCAAGUGUGUGGAUCUCAAAGGGUGCAAUUUAUCUUUAUACAAGAAUACAUUUCUAUGGCUUCCUUCAACCUGCCCUCUUCACCCUAUUUUUUCUUAUCUUAAAUUGAGAGAAGGAAGAAUUAAUCUUAUACUCUAUCAAAAUAUUUUCUACCAUACUUCCAGAUGACAUCUGCAGUUGAAGAGUCAAAGGAAUCUGUGUCUAAUAUCCUGUUUUGCACUACGGUGGGGGACAGGAUGGAAAGGAUGAUGAGGCUUGCCACACAGCUGAUUGGCUUUUUCUUUCACAUGAUUCAUCCCUCCUCAUUGUGGCAAGGAGUUUUCUUUCUCAUUUUCUUCCUCCUUUGGGAUCAUUGUGUAUGAAAAGAAACACUUUAGGCGACAAACCCAGACUCCAGGUGCCUUGUAGAGGUCGAAGGCUAGCCAGGACCACCGCCACUGCUGCCGCCACCCCUUCCACUGGCAUGUUGGAAUGAAAGGGCGCAUGUCCCCCCUUCCCUCCCCCCCGUCGUUCAGCCCCUCCCCUCAUUUAUUUUUGUUAAGUUAAUGUGAAUUAUUUUUAAAUCAUUUAUCCUGUUUGUGUGCAGGGUUUUUAAGAAGAAACAGCACAGUGCAAUGAGCAAAUCCUUUCAGGGUGUGUGGGAGGCAAGGGAGGGAAGAUGUGGAGAAAAGUCCUUUACACAAAUAGCAAAAUACUGAACAUGUGUAAAAUCCUGUAUCAUUUAUGAAAUAUGUAUAAAAAGCAAUGUACCUUCUGGAACAAUAAAUACUUAUUCAAUUUUUGAA